GGCGAAAGUGGGCUGCUCAGUGCGGGGUUCCGGGACUCAGCGAAAUCUAUUAAAUUCAAAAGAUUUUCUAACCCCGCCAUCCUCGCCCUCCUUGCUGCCACCUCGACAACUUCCUCAUCCACACCUCUAAACAAAACGACGUCGCAAAGACUUCACAACAUCAUCAAAAUGGGCUUCACCGAUCUCCUCUCCGAUGCCGGUCUCACCGUGCUCAACAACUGGCUCCUUACCCGCUCUUACGUUACCGGGUACUCUGCCUCCCAGGCCGAUGUUGUCGUCUUCAAGGCCCUGAGCUCCGCUCCCGAUGCCGCCAAGUACCCCAACGCUGCCCGUUGGUACAAGCACAUCGCCUCCUACGAGGAGGAGUUCACCACCCUCCCCGGUGAUGCCAGCCAGCCCUACACCGUCUACGGCCCCGACGUCGCCGAGGUGACCCUCAAUCCCGCCAAGGCCCCCGCCGCCGCCGCCGAGGAGGAGGAGGAUGAGGAUGUCGACCUCUUCGGUUCCGACGACGAGGAGGAGGACGCCGAGGCUGCCCGCAUCCGUGAGGAGCGCCUCGCCGAGUACCGCAAGAAGAAGGAGGGCAAGGCCAAGCCCGCCGCCAAGUCCGUCGUCACCAUGGACGUCAAGCCUUGGGAUGAUGAGACCGACAUGGUUGCCCUCGAGGAGGGUGUCCGUGCCAUCGAGAAGGACGGCCUCGUCUGGGGUGCUUCCAAGCUCGUCGCCGUCGGCUUCGGUAUCAAGAAGCUCCAGAUCAACCUUGUCGUCGAGGACGAGAAGGUCUCUCUUGAUGAUCUCCAGGAGCAGAUCGCCGAGCUCGAGGACUACGUUCAGUCUUCCGACAUUGUUGCCAUGCAGAAGCUUUAAACGUCUUGUCAUGUGAUGUGUUGAGAUAAAAUAGUUGGUGGUCAUCUUGAAAACAAAAACCAUGACCUCUCAUCAAAUGCUACGAACAAUGUAAUGAGUAACGAAAGGAGCGUCUUUUUCGGAAAAUUUUAUAGCGUGUGUUGCAUCUUGAUAAUAUGCGCAACAAAACCAACAAAGUCAAAUCUUGCUCUUUUUUGGGGGCAGCGACGUUAGAGAAGACCAAAAAGUCAGAUGCUGGAUCA